GGCGGAAGCGACCGGCGAGCCACAGUGGCCCAGCACCAUGGCGGCCGCGACCGCCUCCCCGGCUCUGAAGCGGCUGGAUCUGCGCGAUGCCAACGCGCUCUUCGAGACCCAUGGAGCGGAGGAAAUCCGCGGCCUGGAGCGCCAGGUUCGAGCGGAGAUCGAGCACAAGAAGGAGGAGCUGCGGCAGAUGGUGGGCGAGCGCUACCGCGACCUGAUCGAGGCGGCCGACACCAUCGGCCAGAUGCGCCGCUGCGCCGAGGGCCUGCUGGACGCCGUGCGGGCCACCGAUCGGUACUGCGCUCGCCUCCGCCAGGCCGGCUCCGCGGCGCCCCGGAUCCCGCGGGCCCCCCCGCAGCCACAGCCACCGUCUGAGAAAUUCUACAGCAUGGCCGCCCAGAUAAAGCUGCUGUUAGAGAUCCCCGAGAAGAUCUGGAGCUCCAUGGAGAACUCUCAGCAUCUCCAGGCCACACAACUCUACCUGCUCUGCGGCCAUCUGCAUAGCCUGCUCCAGCUGGACUCCUCUAGCUCCAGAUAUAGCCCCAUCCUCUCGAGAUUUCCCAUUCUCAUCCGGCAGGUGGCAGCAGCCAGCCACUUCCGGUCAACUAUUUUGUACGAAAGCAAGAUGCUGCUCAAAUGCCAGAAUGUGUCGGACCAGGCUGUGGCCGAGGCCCUCUGCUCUAUAAUGCUCCUGGAGGAGAGCUCUCCCCGCCAAGCCCUCACAGACUUCCUGAUGGCCAGAAAGGCAGCUAUUCAGAAACUUCUGAACCAGCCCCAUCACGGUGCUGGCAUCAAGGCCCAGAUUUGCUCUUUGGUGGAGCUGCUGGCCACCACCCUGAACCAAGCCCACGCCCUUUUCUACACGCUCCCAGAAGGCGUGCUGCCAGACCCAGCCCUGCCCUGCGGCUUGCUCCUCUCUACCCUGGAGACAAUCACAAGCCAGCAUCCCACGGGAAAGGGCAUCGGUGUCCUGCAAGGAGAGAUGAGAUUAUGCAGCUGGUUCAGACACCUGCCAGCCUCCAUUAUGGAGUUCCAGCCAGAGCUUCGAACUCUCGCACAUCCUAUCAGCCAGGAGUACCUGAAAGACACCCUGCAGAAAUGGAUCGACAUGUGCAGUGAAGACAUUAAAAAUGGGAUCACCAACCUGCUCAUGUACGUGAAGAGUAUGAGAGGUCUGGCAGGGAUCAGAGAUGCCGUAUGGGACUUACUUACCAACGAGUCUGCCAGCCACAGCUGGGAGGUGGUGUGCCGGCGGCUUCUGGAGAAGCCACUCUUGUUCUGGGAGGACCUGAUGCAGCAGCUCUUCCUGGAUCGGUUACAGACACUGACCAGAGAAGGCUUUGAAUCCAUUUCUGGCAGCUCCAAAGAGCUUUUGGUCUCAGCUCUGCAGGAACUGGAGGCCAACAACUCCACAUCGAAUAAGCAUGUCCACUUUGAGCAGAACAUGUCUCUCUUCCUCUGGUCCGAGAGUCCCAGUGACCUGCCUCCUGAUGCUGCCUGGAUCAGCGUGGCAAACCGGGCUCAGUUUGCCAACAGUGGUCUCUCCAUGAAAGCCCAAGCGGUCAGCCCUUGUGUACAGAGCUUCUGUUCUGCCCUGGACUCUAAGCUGAAGGUCAAACUGGACGACCUCCUGGCCUACCUUCCCUCCAGUGAGACACCACUGCCCAAGGACCCCUCCCCCGUGCACCAGGCUAAGAACUCUGCGUUCGAUAGAUACGCAGAUGCUGAGACUGUGCAGACCAUGCUUCGGACUCAGUCAGUGGCCUGUGUCAAGUAUCUCGUGGGCUGCAUCCAGGCAGAGCUGCAGACCAUUGAAGAAGUCACACAAGACCAGAAGGGUAUCCUUCACGGCACCAAGCUGCACGCAGUCCUCUUCAUGGCCAGACUCUGCCAGGCCCUGGGAGAACUGUGCCCUCACCUGAAGCAGUGUAUUGUGGGAAAGUGUGGAGCCUCUGAAAAACCAUCGAGAGAGGCCAGGGCUCUCAAGAAGCAGGACAAGGGGAGAGCUCAGGAGGUGCUCCCCGCGCAGGCCCAGUGGCAGGAAGUGAAGGAGGUCCUGCUCCAACAGAGUGUCAUGGCCUACCGGGUCUGGAGCUCAGCGCUUGUCAAAUUUCUGAUUUGUGGAUUCACUCAGUCGUUGCUUCUAAGUGACGCUGGCUCAAUCCUGGCCACUGCCACCAACUGGGACGAACUAGAAAUUCAAGAGGAGACGGAGUCUGGCAGCAGUGUCACAUCUAAGAUACGCCUUCCUUCUCAACCAUCCUGGUAUGUACAGUCCUUCCUGUUUAGUUUAUGUCAGGAAGUUAAUCGGGUUGGAGGCCAUGCUUUGCCAAAGGUGACUCUGCAGGAGCUGCUGAAGACCUGUAUGGGCCAAGUCAUAGCUGCCUAUGAGCAACUCACAGAGGAACACCAGGAAAAGAAAGAAGGGACGUUUCCAAUGACCCAGAACCGAGCCCUGCAGCUCCUCUAUGACCUGCGCUACCUCAAUGUCGUUCUGACCAGCAAGGGGGAGGAAGUGAAGAGUGGCCGGAGCAAGCCAGACUCCAGAAUUGAGAAAGUGACCGACAGGCUGGAGGCCCUCAUCGACCCUUUUGACCUGGAUGUUUUCACACCACAUCUCAACAGCAAUCUUAAUCGCCUAGUACAGCGAACUUCUGUUCUAUUUGGAUUGGUUACUGGUCCAGAGAAUCAGUUUGCCUCCCGGAGCAGCACUUUCAACUCCCAGGAACCCCAUAAUAUCCUGCCACUAGCCUCCAGCCAGAUCAGGUUUGGACUGCUUCCCCUGAGCAUGGCAAGCACGAGAAAGGCAAAGGCAACCAGCAAAGGCAUCGAAACACAAGCCCAGGACGCCAUCCUUAAGCCUGCCGGAGCCCUCCUGGGUAUUUCUGAAUUGUGUUGUGUACAUGUGUGCUUGACAGCUUCUCUUAGAGCACUUUGCCUGUUAUGUCAGACAGAAUUCCAGUAAAGUAUCCUUUCCCACAUUCCCUGCCAGCAAAUCCAGUAAGAUCUGAGUUCGGCAAACACCUGAUUUGAAAAUCUGGAAAGAAGUCCUAAAAGAAAACUUACUUUCUGACCUGCGGGCUUCAUCACACUAGUUCCCAUGUCACACAGCUGGCCUUUCUGUGCUGUGGCCCCCAGAAGAGCAGGCCAUUGAAGGCCCGCAUGCUCACUCCUCCUGGCAUGGGCCUCCUUCAGACUGUACUGCAUCAUAGUGUAACUGGCUCUGGUCCAGCAAGUCCCUCAGACCCUUCUUACUAGUCAUCCCUGCUCCUCAGUGCUGCUGCCUGUGCUGCGUGGCCUCUGAGUGGGGUGCAGUGGAGGGGGGGGAGCAGGCAGGAGGCGGAGGGUGAGGCUUAAGGCACUUCCUCUUCAUCUAAUGGCAGGUUGGCUCCCCGGCACUCUCCAGAGUAGGUGACCCGACACAUCCUGGCUCCUUGUUCAGACAGCUCGCCGGCGAGGAAGACGACUCACCUGCACCUUCCUUAUUCAAGCUAGCCUGGCUCUCUAGUAUGACAAAGUAGCAUGGAAAUAAUGCCCCGGCUCUAUUAUUAAAUACUAAUGCACCAUUUUCA